GUGUCAUUGCUGACGUCACGACGUCGCUUCCGGUCCACUGGCUGCUGUACUUCCUUGUUUACCGUCUUGUCCAUCACGACCAACAGAGCUACGGAAAUAAUCAUUAUUGCUGUUAAUGGCGCUUUCAUGGCGCGAUAAGCACAAGCGAUAGCAGCGAUAUAAUACACACAGCCGUCAAUCAAGCCGUCAUAUUUGAAGUUGUGGUGUAGUGUGCUUGCUGUCCGCGCGGCUCGAUGAUGGCGUCCAGCUAUAACGCGAAGGAUGAGGAUCAUCAUCCGGGAUCGGUGGGCUCCGGCGGCCCCGGCGCUGUCAAGAGCAAGAAGCCCGAUAACACAGCCUUUAAACAGCAGCGUCUGCCCGCCUGGCAGCCCAUUCUGACCGCGGGCACCGUCCUGCCCGCCUUCUUCAUGAUCGGACUCAUCUUCAUCCCCAUCGGCAUCGGACUCCUCGUCACCUCUAACAACAUCAAAGAGUUUGAGAGUAAUGUUUUUAUGUACUAUGGCCUCUCCAACUUCUAUCAAAACCAUCGACGUUACGUCAAAUCAAGAGAUGACAGUCAGCUGAAUGGAGAUAAAAGCUCUUUACUGAACCCGAGUAAAGAGUGUGAACCCUAUCGAACGAGUGAUAAGAAGCCCAUUGCUCCCUGUGGUGCCAUUGCUAACAGUCUCUUCAAUGAUACUUUGGAGCUGUUUUAUAACCAUCCAAACGGAAGCAGAAUAACUAUUCAUCUGGUGAAGACGGGCAUUGCUUGGUGGACUGACAAGCAUGUGAAGUUCAGAAACCCUGCAGGAAACAACAACAACCUCUCCAUUGUGUUCCAAGAUACAAGUAAACCCGUAAACUGGCACAAACCCGUUUACGAGCUGGACCCGUCUGAUCCUGAGAACAACGGGUUCAUCAAUGAGGAUUUCAUCGUGUGGAUGAGAACUGCUGCUCUCCCCACCUUCAGAAAACUCUACCGCGUCAUUCAGAAGAAGAAGGACAACAUGACCCCGACACUACCGCCAGGAAACUACAGCCUGGAAGUGACCUACAAUUACCCAGUGCGCAGCUUUGAUGGCCGCAAGCGCAUGAUCCUCAGCACGAUUUCCUGGAUGGGAGGGAAGAACCCUUUCCUGGGCAUUGCCUACAUCACCGUGGGCUCCGUGUGUUUCUUCCUGGGAGUGGUGCUGCUGAUCAUCCACCAUAAAUACGGCAACCGCAACAACAAUGCUGACAUUCCUAAUUAACUGCGUAAUUAUCAGCACACCGCAGUCUGUACACUGACAUGAGAUUACAGUCUGUCGUAUCUCAUGCUGCUGUACACACACAGGUACCCAGAGGAACUACUUGCAAACGUAUUAUGUAUGCACUGGCAGUUUUCAGUGAGCUGUUUUAAGCAUUUAUUUCAUUCACACCAAAGCUUCAUAUUUUAUGGUCUUUCUACAUGAAGUAUUUUAGAGUAACUGGAUCAUGUGUAGUCAUACAGUAGGACUAUUUAAAUGCAUCCCACCACAAAAACAUGUCUAUAAUAAUAAUAAUAAUACAGACAAUGAAGCAGUUUGUAUUGACGUUUAAGAUACAUAUUGUGCAAAAUAGAAAUUCUCAUUUGAUUUUGAGCUGUUUUUGACAGGCUUGGUGAAAUUCAUCCGUUUGGGUAUUAUUGCUAAUGGUAUGGUACAAUCACAACAGUCAAGGAUUUUUUGUUUUUUUUUAAUAAGAAUGCAAUAUUUCUGAUAGUUUGACUGAUCGGUAAGGAUUAUGUUACUUUAUUAUUUAAAAUGCUGAACUGUGAGUGUCUAGAUAUGCUUAAUUUUUUUAGUUUCUUCUUUGAAAAUCUUGUUCUGUGCAGUGUGUAUUUAAAAAGGAUAUGUGUGUGUUUUGCAACUACUGGGGAUCCUUUAUCAAGCUCAUGUCUGUUGUUGAGCCAAAGUCGUUUCAUGUGCUCAAGAGUUGUGUGAUAAUAAACAUCAAAUGCAUGA